AUGAAAGUGCUUUCGAGUCUUCUCGCCAGCUCCCUGGCUGACAUUUAUCUCCACUUUCCGCGAGGAAGUAACAAUCGUCUCAACGAACAGGGAGGAAACCGCGAAAACGGUAAUCGACUUUUCGACUCCCAAAAUGGCGGAGGAGGAGGCUACAAUGUCGGCGAUUUGACUUCGGAAGCUGCCACGACCGUUGAGGGUCAAAGCAAAGCUACUUACUUCCAAUCAGGCGAGGAAGCCCCGACCGAACUCGCCAUUGAGUGGUUCAGCCAGCACGGGUGCGGUUUGGCUAACAAGAAUGAUGCCAACUGGAUCAACUGCCAGAUCGUCAUUCAAUACAUGUGCCAAGACUCUGGUUCUACUCGAAUGUCCAAUGGUUUUGUUACUACGUCAUCGCAGUACACUGAGCCAGCUGCCGACGAAGAUCACGACGCCACCCUCGCUCGAAAGGACACGGAUUUUGAGGAGGUCCCGGAUACGGGCUUCCACGAAUCUUGGGAAUCAUACGAUGCAUGCUACCGACGAGAGCGCAAUCGAGGCCUUUUUAUGGCUGAUAAGAACCCAGGUCGAUCGAAAGGAGCCACGCGAACUCGCCAAAAUGCGAACGGUAACAAACGAGGUCUUGAGUGUCCAGAAGAGAGAGACUACUACCCCUACUGGCAUCCAUCUGAGUGGACUGACAUUGCUGUUCUCACCUCCGAACCGACAAAAUGUGAAAACAUGGUAGCAAACUCUGGUAACCGAGUUGUCAAGCAUGAAUGUGUUCAUUUCAUCGACGAAAACACCGUUCAAGGCUGGUCCGAAGCAAACCACAAAGAAGCUUGUGACAUGGCUGAAGGAACUUGGAUUGGCUUUCAAUCUUACAAAGACAUCAUCGGAGAGGAUCAGCUUGAAUGCGAGAAGCAAAUGAUCAAGAACAAAGAUGUUCGAUGGGCUGUUCCAUACUUGACUGGUCCCGGUCGAUACCAAGCUCCGAAGGAAAAAUGUCUUGUUCUCCAUCCUGAACCAGAAUGCAUCACCGCUCCCAACAUGCGCACCAACCACAACGGCAACACUGACGAAGGUACUCUUCCCAACUUCAAAUGGACACUUCCACAUUACGAGGCUCCCGAGUUCACCAAAGAGUGCGCUCUCCGAAUUCGAUACAACAUUACGACCAACGAUUACCCAGAUGACUUCUCCACUGAUCAAACCGAAACUUAUUAUUCUUCCCCCGAAAUUUGGGCGAACCCUGUGAUCUCAUACAAAGGAAUUGACCUCGCUCUUGCGAUCAAUACUGCUCAAUUCGGACGUGUCUUCCAGGAUCGAACUCAUCUUUUCCAGAUUGUUCCCCGACCGGCAAGUAUCCCAGAUGAUCAUAAAAUUUUCAACGUCGGAGUUCGAGGUCGACGAGGAAAUGCCGCUCAAACUUACCCAGCCAUUGAAUACGACUUCAGCCCCACAGAUCUCGAAAUCAACAGUUAUGAUCUUGUGCACUUCCAAUGGGAAGGCUCAAACACCUCUCCCACUGGCGCUGGUCAAGGUCAGGAAAAUACCGAUCGAAGCAACAUCGUCCCUCUGGUCAAACCGAACACCAACAUUCCCGCCGGAUGGAUCGAAGAUCAGAAUCAGAAUGAUGAUCUUCCAGUUGAUCACUUUUCUUUUGAAGAAAAUGGCGUGCGACGAACAUUCUACGUCCGACCAACCUAUGGCUACAACAUGCUUGAGGUUAAAAACGCCUGCAAUUCUUUCGAUAUGGAACUUCCAAUGCCGACUAGCGAUGCAUACAAUGAGGCACUCAAUAAGUACUGGUUUAAUCCAGAAGGAGUUUGGAAAGGCGAUUUCCCUCUUGGCAUCAAUGCAAAAUGGAUCGAGAGUGAAACCGAAGAAGGAAUUGUCUACAAUCACUUUGACGGAACUAAUCCUAAGAUGGAUUUCUAUAAUACCAUUUACACGCUUGCUGUCAUGAAAGAAAACGGAAAAUGGUAUAACGCCCGGCAUGAGUGGGACUACGGCUGGUUCCCAUGCGUCAAAGAGGUCUACGACGUUAAGCUCCCCGAUCCGGAGAUGUUCUCUGAAUGGCUUUGGACGUCUGGUGAUGUCAGCGAUCUUACUCACAUGGACGACCUCAAGAUUCAAAUGGCAACCGGCGGUUUCUACGGAUGCCACCAUGAAGGCCGAUGCUCCAACCCAGCGGAGAAUCCAGUCGAACCGAUGAACAACCUCUUGAACAACGCCCCUGCCUACUUCAAAGGAAACGUCGUCCGAAUGAACAAGGGAAUCCACCAGUACAUGUGUACCAGAAACAACGCGUUCACAAACCGAUCUCACAAGGGAACCAUCAUUGUUCACUAA